GUGUGUGUGUGUGUGUGUGUGGCUGCACUUGACACUUGGGGCUGUGAGGGUUAAGGUGAUAUUGACGCUCAGAUCUGGUGGAGGUGGUGGUGUUGGAGGAGCCACAGGACGAGGCUGUUGGAAGGUGCAGAGCCCACAGUGUUGUUCCUGUGUCCGGUUGUGGGGCUCUGUCAAUGUUUGGCAUUCAGGAGCACUUACCCAGAGGAGGGACAGAGGUUAAGGAGAAGCCCACAGCUGCGAUGGACGCAGUCAGAUCCUGGGUUCGGACAGUCGGGGUCGUGGCGGCCAAUGUGGCAGCUCAGAGUGGUGUCGCUCUGGCCAGAGCUCACUUCGAGAAACAGCCGCCCUCCAAUUUAAGAAAAUCCAAUUUUUUCCACCUGGUCCUGGCACUAUAUGACAGACAGGGACAACCUGUGGAGGUUGAGAGGAGCACCUUCCUCGACUUCGUAGAAAAAGAUCUGGAACCGGGGAACAAUAAAACCAACAAUGGGACCCACUACAAACUGCAGUUAUUAUACAGUAAUGGUGUACGGACGGAGCAAGAUUUGUAUGUGAGACUGAUCGACUCAGUGACCAAACAGCCCAUAAUCUACGAGGGACAAAACAAGAACCCAGAGAUGUGUCGCGUUCUCCUCACACAUGAAGUCAUGUGCAGCCGGUGUUGUGAGAAGAAAAGCUGCGGGAAUCGUAAUGAGACGCCAUCGGACCCAGUUAUCAUCGACAGGUUCUUCCUGAAGUUCUUCCUCAAGUGCAACCAGAACUGCUUAAAAACCGCAGGGAACCCUCGAGAUAUGCGGAGAUUCCAGGUUGUUCUCUCCACGACCAUGAACGUGGAUGGACACGUACUUGCUGUCUCGGACAAUAUGUUUGUGCACAACAACUCCAAACACGGACGGAGGGCACGACGGCUAGACCCCACGGAAGCGACACCUUCCAUCAAAGCAGUCAGUCCGAGCGAGGGUUGGACAACCGGAGGAGCCAUGGUGAUCAUCAUCGGGGAUAACUUCUUUGACGGGCUGCAGGUCCUCUUUGGCACCAUGCUGGUGUGGAGCGAGCUGAUCACUCCUCACGCUAUCCGAGUGCAGACUCCUCCGCGACACAUCCCGGGAGUGGUGGAAGUCACUCUGUCCUACAAAUCCAAACAGUUCUGCAAAGGUGCCCCGGGGAGGUUCAUCUACACCGCUCUGAAUGAACCCACGAUAGACUAUGGAUUCCAGAGGCUGCAGAAAGUUAUCCCUCGGCACCCGGGAGACCCAGAGAGACUGGCCAAGGAGAUGCUGUUGAAAAGAGCGGCAGAUCUUGUGGAAGCUCUGUAUGGAGGACCACCCAAUAACCAGGAGAUCAUCCUGAAGAGAGCAGUGGACAUUGCUGAGGCCUUGUACAGUGUCCCACGCAACGCUGGCCAACACCCAGCCCUGCCCAGCCCGGGCAGUCACAGCACCAUGAUGAGAAUGAACUCCUACAGCAACCAGCUGGGGGUCAGCAUCUCAGAGCAACAGGGCAACGGCCAGGGUUACAUCCACAACAGCACCAGCCUGUCCCCCCGAGGGUAUGGAGCCACACACUCCCCCCAGCAGGGAGGCUACAGCGGGGUCGGGGGCAACCUGAGCGGCUACAGCAACGUGGGCAUGUCCAAUCUGGGUGUGCCAGGCUCGCCCGGCUACCUCAACACCUCGCCCGCCAGUUCACCCUACGCCAUCAUGCCCUCCAGCCCCACUGUGGCCUCGGCGGUCCCGGUCUCCUCCAGCCCGUGCUCAGUGUUGCCGUUCUCCUCUGCGGCUUUCCCCUCCGUGAAGCAGAGGAGUGCAUUUGCCCCGGUCAUCCGUCCCCAGCGCACCCCCUCCCCCACCUGCCCCGGGGGCAACAGCAGCGGAUUCCGAGCCAUGACUGGUCUGGUGGUUCCCCCAAUGUGAGGCAACUCUUUUCCUGUCUCGGUAUCAGAUUCCAGGGUCAGAGUCCAGCCUCUUAAGAAAACACCGUCGGAAAAAUCCACAGCAGUCAGUCAGGAAAAUCUUAACGCCUUUUGCCGAGAGGUUACGCAAGGAACAGAUGUUGGACUUUUAAUGGACCCGACUUCAUUUCCCUACAGCUCUGUGGAAUAUCAUCUCCACUCAGUGGGUCUCUGUGUAGUCCAGUACUUUAUGUGAGUGAUGGGGAGAAAGAG